AUGCGCAUCUCCGAAAAGUUCACACCGGAGGCAAUGCUCGGCGCCCCGCGUCGAAGCCCAGCCGUGCCAAGCCGGAACGGGACCCUCGCGCUCUACACAGUCUCCACUUACAACUUCACCGAAGGGAAACUGACCAAGGAGCUCAAGACGCUAGAGAUCAAGACCGGACGCUCCGAGGUGCUCUCGAGCGACGAGAACAUCACCGAGGCUCUCUGGGUCCCCGGCAGGGAUACCGAAGUGGCGUAUCUGCAGAAAAAGGAUAAGGGCCAUACGGAGCUAGUGGUUGUCGAUGUGGAGAGACGGGACGAGAGUAGACAUGUGGUUUUCGAGUUCGAUGCGCCCGUCAGCGGAUUGAAGCUUAAGCCUCUGGACGACGAGACGUUGGCGUUCGCUGUUGCCGGGCUUGUGGGUCCGGAUGGGAAGCUAUAUAAUGAGACGACGCAGGAAAAGAAGGGAUCGGCUCGGAUAUUUGAUAAGCCCCGAGUCUGGGUGCUCACCAGACAAAACGACCGCUGGACCCUACAAGGCGAACUCAACGACCUUCUCCAAAACACAACUCUCGAGAUCGUAGGGGUCUACGACGUAGACGACGUCAAAAACCACUAUGACCUGAGCACCAAGGGCAUCCUAUUCAACGCCUCGUCCCUCGGCCCGGACACCGACGUUCGACAAUGGGACUCUACUCACGUCUACUUCGCGCCCCUCACCUCCUUCGCCGCUAAGACGACCUCGCCACCUCAGAGGCUCCAGAUGGAACAUCCCCUCCGCGCAGGACGAUGCUCCAACGUGAGAUUCUCGCCCGACGAGUCCCUCGCCGCAUUCGUCUAUGAGUCCUACGAGAACAGCAUUGACGCACGUAUAUUGCUGGGCCACAUCGACGCCCUGGCCGUCAUCGACGUUUUCAAAUUCAUCGUCAAAAAGGAGCCCACUCUUCCCCCUUCUAGUUUCGAGUUCGGCAGCGAGCGCGACAGUCUUCUUCUCUCCACCCUGGCAUGUGGGCGCACGACUAUCCAGACCCUCUCACUUUCGCAAGAUGCAGUACCCGAGACUAUUUUCAACAAUGGCUCGGCCGGGGCGUACUAUCCCCUCGUCGAGGGUCAAUGGGGGAAACUCCUAGUCUCGAGCGCUAGUUUCCUAGACAGUAGUCUCUGGCAGAUUAUUGAUACCAAGGGGGAGACCGAGCCUGUGGUCGUCUCGUCCUUGACGAGGCACGGCGCCCGCUUCGGGCUGACGCAUGCCAUGGUAUCGGAGAUUUGGUACGAGGGGGCUGAUGACAGCUGUAUCCAUGCUUUUAUACUUCGUCCGAGCAAUUUCGACCCUACUAAGAAGUAUCCUUGGUGGAACAUAGCACUUUGGGCCGAUCAAGGCUAUAUCAUAGUCUGCCCCAACAUUGCCGGCAGCGUAGGCUACGGACUUGACUUUACUGCCCGAAUCAACGGAGAAUGGGGUGGAGCUGCCUACAAGGAUCUCGUCAACCUCGUCCAGUAUGUCGAGCAACUCCCCUACAUCGACAUCACCCGCGCCGCCCUCGCCGGCGCCAGCUUCGGAGGCUACAUGGUGAGCUGGAUCUUCGGAACCGACCUCGCCAAAAAGUUCCGCUGCGCCAUCUGGCACGACGGCAUCCUCCACCUCAACGCCCUCGCCCUAACCUCCGACUUCGGCCUCCCACCCGCCCAAUUCGGCAAUCCCCCUCUCGCAUGGGACCCUGCCACCGCCGAACAGCUCGACAAGUGGAACCCGGCCCGGCCCGACCGCCUCGCGAGGUGGAAGGACGCACCCCCGACGCUCUUCAUCCAUGGCCAGCGUGACUGGCGGUGUCCUCUGAUCGAAGGGCUCGCCGCCUACCGAGUCCUCAAGUCUCAUGGCGUGGCGAGCAAGUUUUUGACGUUCGAGGACGAGGGUCACUGGGUGCUCAAGCAUGAGAACUCGCGUGUGUGGCAUCGGGAGGUGUUUGCUUGGAUUGAAACUUAUGUUGGGAAAGGUCCUACGCCGGACUAUUAA